AUGAAACGUGAGGGCCGUGAUAUCUGGUUGCUGUACAUCCUCGUUGAUAAACUAGAUCCCGAUACGAAACAGUUGUGGUUCCAGAAGAAGGCUGACAUGACAGAUGAAGAAAUUACGCUGGACAGAUUUUUGAAAUUCGUCGAUUCACAUAGCUGCGCUUUAAAAUCUAUGCAGCCAAGUCGUUCGAGAACAUCAACAACAUUUUUCAAGCCCCCCGUCAAGGUUCAACCUAGAACACCUACACUCGUAUCCACCAACCAUGUUUCACAUACGGUCUGCGGUUACUGCGACAAAUCACCGCAUCAGUUAUAUCAGUGCGGUAAGUUUUUCAACUCGACGGCUAAUGAGGGCUUUGCCUAUAUUUCCAGACAAAAGCUCUGUCAAAACUGCCUGAAGCUACAUGCCGGCGAAGCCGGCAAAUCUGGUAGCUGUAGGAAGUGUAACCAAUUCCAUCAUACUCGUUUGCACGAAGCCUUCCACCCACCAGCCGCUCAAACUAUAACUAGCACGUCAUCCGCUAUGGAGCUUUCCGGUCCCCAUUCAGUGGCUCAAUCACUGGUUUCACACCUCAACCUGAUAAAUGACCUUGUCGAUACUAAUUUCCUCCUGCUGACAGUUACAAUCAACGUCCAGGACAAACAUGGGAGGCCCCUCGCUUGCAGAGCAAUUAUUGACUGCGCCUCUCACACCAGUUACAUAACCACAGAUUUGUGCGAUAAGUUGGGUCUAUCAACCACUGACGUCGACUUUGAAUUUGGUGGAAUUUCUGGAAACUUUGGCCAUGCCAGUAAGGAUGCAUUAGUGACAUUUAGCUCACGCUGCUCGGAGUACCAAAAUGUCAUUCCGUGCGUAGUUUUGGAUCGUAUCACGUCCGAGCUACCAAUAAAACCGGUGGACAUCAGUAAUUGGCCUAUUCCCAGUUCCAUUCAUCUAGCCGAUCCCCAAUUCCACCGUCCUGGCAAAAUCAGCAUGCUGCUCGGGAACAAGCUUUUUUUCAACUUGCUCGAACCAGGAACCAUCAAGCUCUGCCUAGAGAACCGGUUGCCUGUCCUUCAGAACACCAAAUUAGGAUGGGUGGUUUCAGGUGGAUACGAAUAUCCCAAACAAUCGGCAAAAUCGAGCUUACCAUUAUGCUUAUUGGCUUCUACUGAUGAUCUUCUAUCGAAACAGUUAAAACAAUUCUGGGAGCUCGAAGAGUAUGCUAACACUAAACCGUACUUCAGUAACCAAGAAACACAGUGUGAGGAUCACUUUCUGAAGCACACUACCCGCAACGAGUUUGGACAUUUCGUAGUGCGUCUUCCAUUCCUGGAAAAUCCCAACACCUUGGGCGACUCUAGGGAAAUGGCAACCAGAAGACUGAUCCAUCUUGAGCGGAAAUUGAACAAAAAUCCGCAACUUCUGGAGCAGUAUCAUGCCUUUUUGCGUGAGUACGUCGAAUUAGGACAUAUGUCGAUGGCUGCACCAUCGACCACAAGACGUCCUACCUUUCUUCCUCACCACUGCGUCGUCUAG